CGGAGAUCCAGCCCAACCCACCAACAAACAACACACAUACCUCUCCCAUAGCGAAUCCCUUGCCGCCGCAAAAUGGCCGACGAAGAGGAGCGCGUCAAGGCCGAAAAGCUCGCCGCUGCCAAGAAGCGCGGUCGCGGCCCUACAAAAGAAAAAGAAAGGCGGGAAGAAGGGUAGUACAUCCGAGUCAGCAAAGGAGGCUGAAACCGCAGAAACGAGUUCACAAACACAAUCACAGCAAGAGCCAGAACCUGAACCUGAACAACCGCAAUCAGAACAAGCAGAAGCAGAAGCCGAAACACCACCGCCACCAGCAGAAGAUGAAGAUGAAGGGACCGAACCCAUGCCCGACCUCCCCACAACCAACACCGUAACGUCAACACCAUCCCCGGCCCCAGGGACAACGUCCGACGAUGCAUCGAGCGGGAAACUCGAGGCCCCGCGGGCCGGGCACGCACGGCAACCCUCGCUGUCCAUCCAGUCGAAGAUGCGCUCGUCGUCGUUCCGGAAAACGUCCAUUUCACAGGGCAGUGCUUCGGCUACGUCCCCGUCUGCGACGCUGAAGUCGCCGUCGUUGCCGCCGCUUAGUGCGGAUGGGGAGGCUGUGCAGGAGGUAUACAGGAAGCAGUCUGGGCGGAUUGAGGAGCUGGAGAAGGAGAACAAGAGGUUGGAGAAGGAGGUUGAGGAUGUCAGUGCGCGGUUUAAGAAGACGGAGGACCAGCUGGAGGAUUUGAGGGAGGCGAAUGUGGAUGUUGCGGAGUUGAAGGAGAAGUUGAAAGUUGCGGAGGGGAAGGUUGAGGGUGUUGAGGAGUUGAAAGCGGAAAUCGCUUCGCUUCAGAGACAGACGUCGCAUCUCCAGACACGCACGCAUCGAAAUGCCAGUGGAUCUGUCUCCGGACAGUCAGAAUCCCCACCGUCAGACCUGGUGCAGCAACUCGAGUCGAAAUCUGCGGCCAUGGAAGCAAUGGAACUCGAGAUUUCCAACCUCCGCGCACAAAUCUCCACACAGUCCGCGCAUGAGACCCAGAUAGCCGCACUAGAGGAGAAGCUGUCGCGCAGCGAAUCCACACUCGAGAAGACGCAGCGCGAACUCACAGACAGCAAGAACGCACUGACGCGCGCGUCCGAAAAGGCUGUGAAGGAAGGCGUCGACAAGACGUCCACAGAAACCCUAAUCAAGAGCCUUCAACGUGAGCUCGAAGAACUAAAGGGCGAAAAAACAGAGGCGGGGAAGAAAAUCGACACCCUCGAAAAGAAAAUCGAAGCCAUCGGUAACCUACACAAGGAAUCUGAAGCCCGACACCAGACCCGCCUCCGCGAAAGCGAGAAAUUCGAACAAGAGGCCGCCGUCCUACGCAAGAAACUAGCCAGCACCGAGAACGAGAACCUCCGCCUAAAGGAAGAACAAGAAAGUCUUCGCAAGCGGCACGCCGGUACCGGUAGCACCGGAUCGGCAGGAGGAGGAGUAGACGACGACGACCUCGACGACCUCGAAGACGAAGAGCGCUCGCGGCUCCAGCGCCGCAUCCGCGAUCUUGAAGGCGAAGUAUUCGAACUCCGCCGCGGCGUCUGGCAAGAGAAGCGCCAGGAACUCCAGCCCGGUCCGGACGCAUACAGCCCCGACGAAUAUGACACCGCAAACCCGGCAUCUGCGAAUGCCUUCGACGACGUGGACCUCGUCGGCGGAAGCCCCGAACACUCGCGCCGACGCAGCAUGGCCCAGAGGAACCAGCACUCCUCUUUCUCCACCGUGCUAUCUAGCGGCAUCGCGGCCUUCACGGGCGGUGGGUCACCAUUCUACUCCCCGUCUCCGUCUCAAAGCCAACAAGGGCACCAACACCCGCCUGCUACGCGUGGAAGCCUAGAGCUCCUCUCCGAAGAGAACCUCGAGGAUGAAUUCGAUGAAGCCGAGUUUGCACGCGCGCAGGCGGAGGAGGAAGCUAGGAAACGGGUUGAGUGGGUACGGGAGAUUAAGAAGCAGUUGAAGGACUGGAAGGGGUGGCGAUUAGAUCUUGUUGAUAGUCGCGCCGGGGCUGAGGGAGCCGGUGUUGGGAUGGGAGAAAUUUUUGAGAUAUAAAUUUCUUUCUUUCCCUUCUUCUAUUUCUCUUACUUGCUUAUGUUUGACUUCUAUACCGUUGGUGUAAAGUAGGACGGGCUAUUUGAGUAGAUGAGGUUGUACGGUACUACUGAAUGAUUAUUGAUGAAUCCUGAAUACGU